AUGCAAACAAUAGAAGGUAUUUAUGACGAACAAACAGUAUCAAAAAUCGUGAAUAGUUUAAAUAAAAAUUAUUCGACUGAAUUAGCCGAAUUAGUUGAUAUGACUUUUGGUCCGAAGCCUGAAGCUGAACUACAACGGCUAUCAAUAGCUGAAGUUAUUUCUGUAGACAAAUUUGGUCUUCGUCUUUUAUGCAACUAUCAUCGAUGGGAAGAAGUAGAGAAAAAUGACCGCAUGUUCAAUGAACACACGGAUGCGACUACUCGAAUUUUUACAAUUCCAUUUCCGAAUCAACCUAAUUCAAAAGAAGAGCUUCUCUCAGCUAUUGACAAAAUGAUAAACAAAGCAAAAGCAAGCUACUUGAAGGGCUUUGAUUAA